AUGAACACCAACGAAGCCAAGGAGUAUCUGGCCCGGAGGGAAAUCCCGCAGCUUUUCGAGAGCCUUUUGAAUGGACUGAUGUGUUCUAAGCCUGAAGACCCAGUAGAGUACUUGGAAAGUUGUUUACAGAAAGUAAAGGAACUAGGCGGCUGUGACAAGGUGAAGUGGGAUUCAUUUGUAAGCCAGGAGAAGAAGACCUUACCUCCGCUCAAUGGAGGGCAGUCACGGAGAUCCUUUCUAAGAAAUGUAAUGCCUGAAAAUUCAAACUUUCCUUAUCGACGGUAUGAUCGGCUCCCUCCAAUCCAUCAAUUCUCCAUAGAAAGUGAUACAGACCUCUCAGAGACUGCGGAGUUAAUUGAGGAGUAUGAGGUCUUUGAUCCUACUAGACCUCGACCAAAAAUCAUUCUUGUCUUAGGUGGUCCAGGAAGUGGAAAGGGUACUCAGAGUUUGAAAAUCGCUGAAUGUUAUGGAUUUCAAUACAUUUCUGUGGGAGAAUUAUUAAGGAAGAAGAUCCACAGUACCAGCAGCAGUAGGAAAUGGAGUCUUAUUGCCAAAAUAAUUACCACUGGAGAACUGGCCCCUCAGGAAACAACAAUUACAGAGAUAAAACAAAAAUUGAUGCAAAUGCCUGAGGAAGUGGGCAUUGUUAUUGAUGGAUUUCCAAGAGACGUUGCCCAGGCUCUAUCUUUUGAGGACCAAAUCUGUACUCCCGACUUGGUGGUGUUCCUGGCCUGUACCAAUCAGAGGCUCAAAGAAAGAUUACUGAAGCGUGCAGAGCAACAGGGGCGGCCUGAUGACAAUUUGAAAGCUACCCAAAGGAGACUAAUGAACUUCAAGCAGAACGCUGCUCCAUUGGUUAAAUACUUCCAGGAAAAGGGGCUCAUCAUGACAUUUGAUGCUGACCGAGACGAGGAUGAGGUGUUCUAUGACAUCAGCAUGGCAGUUGACAGCAAGUUAUUUCCAAACAAAGAGGCUGCAGCAGGUUCAAGAGACCUUGAUCCUUUGAUGAUGUUGGACACUGGAGAGAUCACUGAUACAGGAUCUGAUUAUGAAGAUCAGGGUGAUGACCAGUUAAAUGUGUUUGAAGAAGACGCCAUAGGAGGUUUCACGGAAGAUUUGAGAAAGUGUAAAAUUAUCUUCCUGAUUGGUGGCCCAGGCUCUGGCAAAGGCACACAGUGUGAAAAGCUGGUGGAAAAAUACGGGUUUACACAUCUCUCAACUGGCAAGCUCCUGCGGAAUGAGCUGUCAUCAGAAUCUGAAAGAAGUAAAUUGAUCAGAAACAUCAUGGAACGUGGAGAGCUGGUGCCCUCAGGCAUCAUUCUGGAGCUCCUGAAGGAGGCCAUGGUGGCCAACCUCAGAAACACCAAGGGUUUCCUGAUUGAUGGCUAUCCUCAGGAAGUGAAGCAAGGGGAAGAGUUCGGACGUAGGAUUGGAGACCCUCGCUUGGUGAUCUGUAUGGACUGCUCGGCAGACACCAUGACCAACCGCCUUCUCCAGAGGAGUGGGGGCAGCCCGCGCGAGGACGACAGAACCGCUAUCACCAAGCGCCUUGAGACCUACUACCGGGCCUCCAUCCCCAUGGUCGCCUACUAUGAGACGAAAACACAGCUACGUAAGAUAAAUGCAGAGGGGACGCCAGAGGAAGUUUUUCUUCAACUCUGCACAGCUAUUGACUCUAUUUUCUGA